CAUAAGAGAAGGGGGCUGAUGUCGGUGCUGGGGAGGGCCACUAUUGGGGCUUGGUACAGCGAGUGGCGAGAGCUUCUGCUGGUGUGACUCCUUACUUGUGAGCGUCUAGGGGAGCAUAGCUGGAACCGUGCCUAGAGGAGCUUUGGACUUUCACCGCAGUUACCUACACAGAGUCUGGCAUCUAGAACCCCGAGUGAGACAACCAGCUCGGGGAGAACAAAAGCAGCGUGCAGAAAACAGAAAAGAAGUCUUCAGGGUUGUGAGGCAGCAGGAGCCUGGUGCUGAGGCUGAGAACAAGGGUGUCAAGCUAUCAGGGUGUGAGUAAACACCAUCUAGUGUAACUGUGGACAAGCUGCAGGGAUCCAAUCUGUUUUGAUCUAUCAGUAUUUUAAGAAGUCUAUGGUCCAGUCCUAAGCAGAGACAAUGUGGUGUUUGGAGCGGCUUAUACCUCUGCUGUUGAUCAUCAGCGAUGCCAAUUCUCAGUGGAAUAUUUGGGUACCUCGGGAUAUUUCGGCAAUGGCAAACUCCUGUGUUGUUAUCCCAUGCAGUUUCAUGUACCCACCUGGAAUCAGGCCUGCUCGGGGAGUUCAUGGUAUCUGGUACUUUGGCCAGCCCUAUCCACAACUGUUCCCCCCUGUAGUCUUUAAAUCACUCACAGACGUUGUGCACGAGAGCUUCAAGGGCCGCACAAAGCUUCUGGGUGACCUUAACCAGAGAAACUGCACACUGCUUAUUGGUAAUCUCGGCACAGAGCACUCAGGAAGAUAUUACUUCCGUGCAGACAUUGGUGGAGCCAACAAAUAUUCCUACCCAGACUUCGCUGAGCUCAAAGUCUUAGUUCAGCCCAACAUUGACAUACCAGAAGAGAUUGUCAGUGACAACAGCCUGGAACUGACAUGCUAUGUUCCUGAUAACUGCCCCGACAUGACUCCAGAAAUCCAGUGGAUUUACACUGACUACCUGCCUGAUCCGGAAUUCAGCUCUGAUUUUAUAGAAGAAAGCAACACAGCAGUGCUCUCUAACACCCUUAGAUUCACACCCAGACCUAUGCACAAUAGCCAACUGCUGGGUUGCAGGGUCAUCUACCCAAACACCACACUGGUCUAUGAGAGGAUUAUCUCUUUAGAUGUCAAGUAUCCUCCACGAUCAGUGUGGGUGAAUGUAUCCUCUGAAGUGAUGGAGGGAAGCUCUGUGACGCUGCACUGUGAGGUGGACAGUAACCCUUCUCCUAGGAUCGCCUGGCUGUUUGGAGAGCAGGAGCUGCUGUGGGACACAGCAACAAACAUCUCUCUCUCCCUGGAUGACAUAACGCCUGAACAGGAGGGCGUUUAUACCUGCGUUGGAGACAACAGCUUUGGCAUUAUGAAUACUUCGUUGUACCUGACUGUGAAAUAUCCUCCUCGUGAACCUAUUGUGAAUGAUUCCAUCACAGUAGUUGAAGGCACUUCACUGGCUUUGCACUGCAACACCAUGGGGAACCCAACCCCGACUCUCACAUGGCUGAAGGAUGGGGAGCUGGCAGGCUCCAUCACUGCUGGCCAGCUCUCAGUGCUGGAUAUCCUGGAAGUCACGCCACAGCAAACGGGACAGUAUCGCUGUCUGGUGGAGAAUGAGCAUGGACGAGCCAGUGCUUCCCUCAAUAUCACUGUCGAAUAUGCCCCUGUGUUUCUGGAGGAGUCAAAGUGCACAGUGGUGAGGGAGGGGGUCCAGUGUGUUUGUGUGGCCGUGGGGAACCCUGAACCCACUAUUGAGUUUUACCUACCUGACCUCAACAUCACCAUCAAUGAAACCGAUAAUCGGUUCAACUUCUACACAUACUCAGAUGGUCACACAUCCACUGCUAUGAUCAAGCUGAGGGAGAAAGGUGAGCGGACUGACAACAGCGGGCCGGCUGUAAACGUCCUUUGCAACAUAUAUAACACCUAUGGGAAAGAGAACGUCCUUUUGGAGCUACAACAAGAAAAAAAGUACAUGAUGGCAGUCAUAGUUGGCACCAUUGGAGGAGUCGCGGUCAUUGCCUUCAUCAUCGCAGCAGUGAGAUAUGUUGGUCAAAAUAACAAGAAAGAGAAUGGCAACCCUAGGCAGGAAGUGGUCCUGGAGAACCCAGCUUUGUACUACAGCGCAGUCAAGAAGGACAAACAAAAUCUGAGGAAGAAAGUGCUUAAGACAGAGCUGUUGGGCUCAAAGUUUAACUCCAUUCUAGAGGAGACUACGGGAGAAGACGGGGAUUUUCAACCUGUGGGCUCUAUGGCAGGAAAGGAUAAGCAAGAGCUGAAUUACGCUGCUUUGGAGUUUAUCGGCGCCAGGCCCAGUGGGGGGGCCUCAGGGAGGGGGGAUGACGGCAGCAACUAUACAGAAAUCAAAGCCAAAUGAAUCGCGAUCCUUCCCUGAUCCCUCGGCUAUGCGGGACGCAGCGGCAGCCAAGAGUUCCAUACAUCUUCAACAGAAACUUUAAUUAACUCCUUCACUGGAAAUCUCCCAGAUUAUGGUGACUCACUGUUUCUCAUUUUUCUGCAUCGUUUAUAAUGUUCAACUCGAUGACAGUGGCCUCCCCUUUGAAGCCUCCACGCUUUUUAUACACCACUCUUUUAAAAAACUGUCAGGUUUCCAGGAUGAAGCAAAGUUCACAGAGCAAUAUACGUACAUGUAAUUCAUUAUUUAAAUUACAAGCUUCAGUUCUUUAUUGUUUCUACAUCGUUCGGUGUUGUUUUACCCUUGCAGUUACCCUAUCUCAUCUGUUUCUAUUUAUUCAUCUGAUUACUGUCACUGCGUCUGCUGCCAGUCGAAGCGUCAGGGUAGGGAGUUACUGAAUUUUUUCUUCUGUCUUCUUCAAAUCAACAGAGAGUAAAACAUUUCCCCUCUUUUCUGGUUUGGGUUCCUUAUACUUUAACCACAUAAAUGUAUGGAGGCAUGAUAGAGUUACACUUCUCGAUAUCUUGCCCCAUCAUAACUGUAUUUAAUAUGUUGUGGAACUCAGCAGACAUUGGAAACAGAAAGAUAAAAUGACCCUGAACCCUCUUAUGACAAACUGCCAUUUAUUUACGGUGUUUGCCCCUAAUUUAUACAUGUUUUUACUCACUGUGGCAAGUGCGGGAUGAUUUUUUCCUCUCCCCAAAUGUUUUCUCCCACAUUCUGAAAAACAUAUAAAGAAUAGGUUCUGAAGUAUAUGUGUAAGGGGCCACUGUGUUUUCUCCUCUAGACAAUGUGUGUGUAUGUAUGUGUGUGUGUUGAAUAUGUGCUGAGAGAUCAACUACCUGUGAUUUGUGGGAUAUCUGUUACAGAGAAAAAUGGCUUCUCUUUCUCAUAGGAUUACAUCAAACUUAUGAAUGACAAAAGUAAUGCCAACUUGUCAACUGGUUGUGCUGCUCAAAUACAUUUGAUAAGCCUGUUAUGUAAUAUUAAAGCACACUAAUAAUCUAACUUAAUAAGGAUGUCUUAUUAUAAUCAAUAAAUUGAUGUAUAUUUAUGAAGAAAAUGAUGGCUGUGUGUGUACAAAAUAUCUUGCAUGAGUGUUUGAUAAAUUGAAAGCAGUCUUGCUAUAAAUUUCCCCAGCCAAUCUGGAUAAACACUGUCUUAAUAUAAGCUUAAAUAGUAUUAUUUAAUAUUAAAAUGAACUGUUUAGAUUAGUGUGAGAAAUGAACGGGCAACUUGCACAUGCAGAAGUAAAGAGGCUUUUCGCUUUGACUGAUUUCAGCUGGUUCAGAAAUAUUAAACCCAUACUACAAAUUAUUAUUCAUUGGGUAAUCGGUUCUGUUUUACUAAAUAUGCUGAUAUCAAGUUUCUUCUUUUGAUUUGGAACCCUUAGUAUCAAAUUAGGCCAUAUUAUGACUAUGAAAUUAAACCAAAGUGUAUAAUGACAUGAUUUUACAAAAGAUAUUUUUACAUUUUGAACAUUUGAUAAACUGUGAGAGUGACAGAGUUGCUCAUUCACACAGCUUUACUGUAGCGUUGUGGUUGCAGCACAUCACAAUCCCUGAUGGAGCAUUCUGGAGCAAACUGGCAUCAGUGGCAGCAAUUCCAUCCUGCUGGGUUGGUUUCAUCAUGUAAAGCGAUUACUGUACUGGAAUUAGUGUAAAGCUCUGCAUUGUCACAGAUAUCUAAUGCAGGUCUUAUCUCUCCUCUGUUUUUUUUUUUUUUCUUUUUGCUUACCAAAGCAGUCUCAACAAACACCUAUAACAAACAAUUCAAACUUCCCAUUUGGUGAAUAAUGCACCAGAACAAGGCCAAUUGUACAAAAUAAUUGGUUUAUCUUGCUCUCUGUUAGAAGAGGGCACACCUCCAAAUUGCACCCAUGUCCAGCUAUGCUGGUUGCUAGAACACCAAAGAAAGGUUUUGUUGUUUUUGUUUAGUGUAACAUAUUUCUAUCAGAGUUUCAUGAAAAAGCCCUGGAAUUGUUUUUGAUAAAGAGACACCAAAAGAAGAGGGAGAAAUAAUGAGCAACAGACAACACUGUUUACAAUACAAACUUUUAAAUGUUGCAGCAUAGCUUAUAAACAAAUUUGGACUUCCAGAUAUAGUGUGAUUAGAUCUUAUUGAUGUUAUAAUUACAGACUACUGUAAGUCUUAUGUGUUGUAAUAUAGAAACAAAUUCUAUUACUACACUUCCACAAUAAAAACUAAAAUAAAAGCAUGGAAUUGAAAUAAUUAUAAAAUGUUUUUUUGUCAAAGUGUUCAACGGAUAGAAAACAAAAGUAUAGCAUGCUGGUAAAGGUUCUAAGUCAUCCAGUUCAUAGUCAUUCCAAAA